AUGACUGGUUAUGAGAAAUCAGUGCGUCCUGUCAUCAACGCUUCCACCAUUCUGAUGGUUCGCUUUGGCUUGCGUCUCAAUCAAAUAGUUGAUCUGGACGAGCGGCAUCAGGUGUUGACUACAAAUGUGUUUAUUGAUCAGGAAUGGUCUGAUGAAAAUUUGUAUUGGGAACCUCGGAAAUACAACAGUGUACGUUCUUUAAGAGUUCCAGCCAAGAACGUAUGGCUGCCGGACACUUUUAUUUACAACAACGCAGAUGACGGGUCCACAGGAUUUAUGCAAGGCACGUACGUGUUGGUUGACUACAAUGGUACGGUAUUGUGGCCAGUUCCGGUCAAAUUGAAAAGUUCUUGCAAAGUAGACAUAACUUACUUCCCCUUUGACGACCAACAAUGUAUUCUACGCUUCGGUUCCUGGAUUUACAGCGGUCUAUGGAUCGAUUAUGUUACCAUGAUGGAGGACAAACCAGUUGAUUUGACCACCUAUGUCAACAAUAGUGAGUGGGACCUUUUGGCCAUCACGCUGGACAAGAACAUACGUACUCACUCGUGUUGUCCGGACCCACAUCCUGAUAUGACUUACACGUUGUACAUCCGACGACGGACAUUCUAUUAUAUCUUCAACAUCAUCAUCCCGUGUGUCAUGUUGUCAGCACUUACUUUACUCACCUUUUGGUUACCCCCAACCUCUGGCGAAAAGAUUACGCUUGGACUGUCAGUCUUUCUCGCCUUUUCUAUGUUUAUGCUACUAAUUGCUGAGCAAGUACCCGCUACAUCCGAAUCAGUUCCGCUAAUAGGUAUUUAUUUGUGUCUGGUCAUGACAAUGACGUCCGUGUCUGUUAUUAUGGCUGUGAUGGUAAUCAAUCUUUAUAAUCGAGGAAUGAAAACGAGACGAGCCCCGAAAUGGUUACGAAAACUAAUCCUGGAAAUCGCCUCCAGUCCCUUAAAAAUGAAGCAUGAUAUAGAACAUUUAGCGAAAGUUAUCACUUUGACUGAAGAAAAGGAGGGUCUAUACACGUGCACAAAGCACGGCAAAGAUAAGAAACAGAAUGGGACGAUUGGUUCAAUCGCGGCCCAGCGCGAAAAACACCCUCGCUCCCUCUACGACGUGGGCAGGGUACGACACCGGCGUUAUACCAAGAGCGAUAUAGACACUACGGAAACUGCCGAAGUUGCCAACGAGGGCGAGGUCACGUGGCUCAGGGAGGAGGAAAUAAUUCCAGAAACACCCGCGCCGCAACCGGAAGUCUCGCGUAAAUCUCCAGAAUGUGAGAAUAACAACCACUUCCCGCGUCAGUUGUCGGUGAAGACGCAGAACGAAAAGAACGUGGACUUUGAGUGCAAGCAGACUGAUGAAAAAUGGCCCUGUGCUGUCUACCAGGCACUGCUCUCUCGCAAAAUUGUUGUCGCUGAGUGGCAAAGGAUAGCCUGCGUCAUAGAUCGGUUUUUAUUCUGGUUUUAUUUCAUUUCAACCAUUGUAGCUUACGUCGUAAUCCUUGUUAUUAUUCCAGGUCAGCGCCGAGACGCGCGUGAAGAAGCGAAGCGAGUGAGGCAAAACUCCAUUUUCAACACGACUAUUAUAUGA